AUGACAUAUAAUGACAUGUUCUCAUUAAUUUUGGCUCUGUCUUGUGAUCAGACAGAAAAGCUAUUUCCAAAGCCACAGGAUUCUUUCCAGGAUGAAAUAACAGAAAGAUUUGCGUAUAAGGAAGCUCCAGAUACUCUUCCUGAGAGAACUCAAUCCCCAAAUCCUAAGGCUCACUGCAGAAUUUCUACUCGAGUGACAUCUUACAAAUGUAAUGAAUGUGGGAAAUCUUUUACACAGUCCUCAAGUCUUAAAGUUCACCACAGAUUACAUACUGGAAACAAACCUUACAAAUGUAAUGAAUGUGGGAAAUCUUUUACAAGGUCCUCAAGUCUUAAAGUUCACUACAGGAUCCACACUGGAGACAAACCUUAUAAUUGUGAUGAAUGUGGGAAAUCUUUUACAUAUUUGUCAAGUGUUAAAAUUCACCACAGAUUUCAUACUGGAGACAAACCUUAUAAAUGUAAUGAAUGUGGCAAAUCUUUUGCCUACCUCUCACAGCUUAAACAUCACCACAGAAUGCGUAUUGGAGACAAACCUUACAAAUGUAAUAUAUGUGGCAAAUCUUUUACAUGGUAUUCACAUCUUAAAGUUCACCAUAGAAGCCAUACUGGAAACAAACCUUACAAAUGUAAUGAGUGUGGGAAAUCUUUUAAGUAUUCAGCAAGUCUUAAAGACCAUCACAGAUUACAUACUGGAGAAAAACCUUACAAAUGUAAUGAAUGUGGCAAAUCUUUUACCCAGUCCUCAAGUCUUAAAGUUCACAAGAGAUUACAUACUGGAGAAAAGCCUUACAAAUGUCAUGAAUGUGGCAAAUCUUUUACCCAGGUUUCAUAUCUUAAAGCUCACCAGAGAAUCCAUACUGGGGACAAACCUUACAAAUGUAAUGAGUGUGGGAAAUCAUUUACCAAGUCCUGUAGUCUUAAAGUUCACCACAGAUUACAUACUGGAGACAAACCUUACAAAUGUAAUGAAUGUGGCAAAUCUUUUACCCAGUCCUCAAGUCUUAAAGUUCACAAGAGAUUACAUACUGGAGACAAGCCUUACAAAUGUCAUGAAUGUGGCAGAUCUUUUACCCAGGUUUCAUAUCUUAAAGUUCACCAGAGAAUCCAUACUGGGGACAAACCUUACAAAUGUAAUGAUUGUGGGAAAUCUUUUACAAAGUCCUCAAAUCUUAAAGUUCACCAGAGAAUCCAUAUGGGGGACAAACCUUAUGAAUGUAAUAAUUAUGGAAAAUCAUUUACCCAGUCUUCCCAACUUAACGUUCACCACAAAAGCCAUAAUAAAAACAAACCUUACCAAUGUAAUAAGUGUUGUAAAUCAUUUACAGAUUCCUCAUCUCUUCAAGUUCACCACAGAAUCCAUACUAGACAUACAUCUUAAAAAUGUAUUAAAUGUGGCAAAUCUUUACACAUUCACUACAGAAUCCAUACAGGAGAGAAGCCUUACAAAUGUAAUGAAUGUGGGAAAUCCUUUAAACGAUCAUCAAAAUGUCAAGUUCACUACAGAAUCCAUACAGGAGAGAAGCCUUACAAAUGUAAUGAAUGUGGGAAAUCCUUUAAACGAUCAUCAAAUCUCCAAGUACAUCAAAAAAUCCAUAUGGGAAAGCAGCCUUAUAAGUGCAGUGAAUGUGGGAAAAAAUUUUCCUGGUCCCCCAAGACCUCUCGUCAAAGUCAUUACAGAAUUCAUUUUGGAGACAAAAGUUCUUAA